UUUUUCUGUUUGAAGCACCGUGAAAGUACAGUAUCCAGAAUCAGGAAUAAAAAAAACCAAACAGCACAACUGGGAUGCAAAUCAAGAACCGUUUUUGUUGGCAGGCACCACAACCAACAGAACCACUGCGUUGUACGCAGGAAGGCUUUCUAAUGAGCUCUCAUUAUGAACUAAUUGCACAACAAUGAAAUGAUCGACAGUAUUUUUAAAAGAACUUUGGCGUCUGAUCGCAAUUUUCUAUCUUCAAACACAGCCAUAAAGAAGACUUCUCCGUGACCUUCUCAGCGCCCCCAAAAGGUCCUGUAAAGGUUAACAUUUAGUUUUGUUGCAUUUGAAUCCUUAAUUUCUCCAACAAAUUUCUUAUAUUCUAGAAAAAAACAAGAUAAAAAAAGGAUGAAGAUAGUUGGUGGUUAAGGAAGAAGACUUGGGUCUGGACGUAACCACAGCAGAGACUUGAUGACAUCACAACCUUCAGAGUCUUAACGCUGCACCAUUCUAUCCCCUGAAGAGGAAGUUGAUGUAUUUAAUUGCCCUGAACGUUUCCACAGAACUGAGCGUCACUGAUGAUGUGUUGGUCGUUCACAUCGGAGGCAGCGUAGCUGAAAAGGUUUGAGUCCCAAAAAGGUUUCGUCUUUCAAAGUCAAUGGGAAACGAACCACAUCUUCACAGCUCAUUAGAAAAAAGUCAAUGGUAACAUCACAUCACGGCAAGUCAACGCUAACACCUCACUGAAUACUGUAGAUUAUCUGGCUGUGUUCAACAAAACAGUUCUGGUAUGAAGUUGACAAAUGUAGCUAGUCUGCUAAAAGGAAAUGACCAUUAUUCACCGCAGGACUUUCCUGUCUGUUCGCUACUGGAAAAAUACUUGUUGUUAGCUCUGGAGCUAAUCAGCACGUUGAAUUCACACACCUCUGCGUGACUCAACGGUCACUGAGCCUGCCUUCAAGUCAGGCCACCUGCUGGCCAAACACACUCAUCAACCAGGUAACCAUGAAGUUGAGCGUGAGUGUGUGUUUUUGAGGAACCUGUGGUUGUGGAUGCAUUACCUCACUGAUCAGACAGAACAUAGAGCUGUGAACGACACACACAGGCAAACAGGCGGCCCCUCCUGUACAUCCACGUCGACUCAGCUCCUCCCCCUCCAACCGUGCUACAUCCCACUCCUCCACCUCUUCACCUCCGCCUGCCUCCCUCACGCUCAGUUACAGAGACGGGCUCCUGGCAGUGUGGCUACAUCUCACAGUGAAGAGCAGCAGUGAGGAUGAGAGCAGGUUUUCUUCUUCAGAUGGAGCCUGACAAGAGAGCAAAGGUCACUGGACCUGUGUCGUCUUGAAGACCGGCGAGGCUGCGGUCCCGCUGUUCUCCUUUGUCAAACUUUGAAGGAAAAGGUGAAAAACUUUUAAGGUUUGUCACUUCCUUUGUUUUCUAAAAAAAAACGCACCUCGAGUCUGAGCUGCGGCCAUCAGAGAGCCUCGGCCCUCGCUUUGAUUACCACUCAGUGAUCUGCCUCCUGUGAAGUCCACCAUCAGGACGGCUCUGUCACAUGGAGGCGGCUGAACAGCUGCUGCUGCUGCGUCUCUGACCACACUGUCUGUCAGGCUCCGUCAGACCACUAGAUGAUGCUGAACAACUUUGUUUUUUUCACCCAAGCAUCUCGAUCUUAGCAACUGUUGAGGAUGAGAGUCGACGCGAUGACCUACCCGUAUUUGACAAGUGUGUUUUUCACCUCAUUGGAGAGAGGAGCACAGAGGGAAAAAAAGUCAGAGGAGAGCGAGCAGGGGAGGGGAGGAGAGAGUGAGAGAAAGGUGUGAAGCUGUGUGAGCGAAACAAAACAGCACAGAAGACGCACCAAAAAAAAAAAGAGAGAGAAAAAGACGACAACAACAAAGAAGAAGAAGAAAAAGAUACCGACUGAAGUCUCGGAGGACAGACGGCGGACUAAAGAGGAAAACGCGGAUCAGAGCCGUGGCAUAGCGUCCGUUGGAAUCUUGGGGGUGGCGUUGUGUCAGGGACCAUUCCAACACACCAUCAUGGAGAACAGCACCUCUGGCAACACAUCGCACAUCCCAGAUGCUGCCCACAGCGUUUGGGAGGUUAUAACCAUCGCCACAGUGUCAGCAGUUGUCAGUUUAAUCACUAUAGUUGGCAACGUGCUGGUGAUGCUUUCUUUCAAAGUCAACAGCCAGCUGAAGACUGUGAACAACUACUACCUCCUGAGUUUGGCGUUUGCCGACCUCAUCAUAGGAGUGCUGUCCAUGAACUUGUACACAACCUACAUACUGAUGGGGUACUGGUCUUUGGGGAACCUGGCCUGUGACCUUUGGCUUGCAGUGGAUUACGUAGCCAGCAAUGCUUCAGUCAUGAACUUACUUGUCAUCAGCUUCGACCGGUACUUCUCCAUCACCAGGCCGCUGACCUACAGGGCAAAGAGGACUCCAAAGAGAGCUGCCGUCAUGAUCGGCCUGGCCUGGCUGGUGUCUUUUGUUCUUUGGGCACCACCCAUUCUGUGCUGGCAGUACUUUGUAGGGGAAAGAAACGUGCCUGAGGACCAGUGUCAGAUCCAGUUUCUGACUGAGCCUGUGAUCACAUUCGGAACAGCCAUUGCUGCUUUCUACAUCCCAGUUUCUGUGAUGACGAUCCUGUACUGCAGGAUCUACAAGGAGACACAAAAACGGACCAAAGAUCUGGCAGAACUGCAAGGUCUUGCGACAGAUAACGUUCCAGAGGGGAUUAAACCCCAGAAAACUAUUAUUAACUCCUGUUUUCACUUUACCAGAGAGAGCAGAGAUCGGAAUCAGGCCUCCUGGUCCUCGUCCAACCAGAGUAAUGCCACAAAGACUACCACUCAGUCGGAAGAGGCUUGGACAAAAGGAGACCAGAUCACUUCUUUCAACAGUUACACCUCCUCUGAGGAGGAGGACCAGCAUUUUUCAUUGGAGACCCCUGAAGGGUCUUUUAAGGAGCAGUCUAGUGGUCAGAGUAACAAGAAUGGACCCAGGAAUGGACCUUUGACCGACUACACAGAAGACCAGUAUUUCUCCACUCCUCCAAAUAGAACCAGUAGAAAGUGCAUCUCCUAUAAGUUCAACCCUGGUUCAAAGGGUAAAAAUGGCAACCCUGUCCCUGAAACAACCCCCUGCCCACCAGACAAAAAGAAGCCGGUGCAAAAUGUCUCACCCUCCGCCUCAUCCACCACCUCUAAGCCUCUUGACCCCACCCUGAAGAGCCACAUCACCAAGAGGAAGAGGAUGGUGCUGGUGAAGGAGAAGAAAGCCGCCCAGACCCUCAGUGCCAUCCUCCUGGCCUUCAUCCUGACAUGGACGCCGUACAACAUCAUGGUCCUCAUCUCCACCUUCUGCACCGAGUGCAUCCCUACGUCGCUGUGGCACCUGGGCUACUGGCUGUGCUACGUCAACAGCACCAUCAACCCCAUGUGCUACGCCCUCUGUAACAAAACCUUCCAGAAGACCUUCCGCAUGCUCCUGCUCUGCCAGUGGAGGAGGAGGAGGGGAGGAGAAGACAAGCUCUACUGGUGUGGCCAAAACCCAAACGUCAACAACAAAAUGACCUGAUGUGGGACUGAAAUCUCCAAGUCAAA